GAUUCGGGUUCGGAAAUCCCGCUUCAAGUUUCAACGUGUUUUAUGAAUUGUAUUCGCAAUUCCCCAAACCAAAUCAGCCAAUGAUUUUUAUUUUUGCGUCUAACACUAGCCGGUUGCGGUAGGUAGUUUCGUUCAAAGUAAUUCAUUUUUGGGCGUAUGUUUCGCAUUUCACAGACUACUUAGAAGAACUAUGGUGUAUGUUUAUUGCGAAAAGUAAGAUUGUUAUUUAACCGUUGCAUUAAAAUAAAGUUAAAGGAGUGAAGAUAUUUGACUACUUUAAUACGUUUUAUAUUGUAAAAUAUGGCUGAAUUACCUUAUCAAGCGGAAUAUGCGAAAACCGGGAGAGCGUCAUGUAAAGGUUGUAAAGAAAAGAUUGAACAAGGAUCUCUUCGCCUUGCCGUGAUGGUACAGUCAGCAUUUUUUGAUGGUAAACAGCCAAACUGGUUCCAUGAAAAUUGUUUCUUCCUAAAGCAACGUCCAAAGGAUAUUGCAGAUAUUGCUAAUUUCAACACACUCAAGAAUAGUGACCAAAAGAAUAUCAAAUCAAAGAUUGAAAAUUCUUCUGGACUUGUCCUGCCUGCAGAAAAAAAAGGCAAAGGAAAAAAGAGAGGUACAGCAGAUUCUAAUGCUUCUGCACUGAAAGACUUUUCUAUUGAAUAUUCAAAGAGUAGCCGGGCUACAUGUCGUCACUGUGAUAUAAAAAUUUGCAAGGAUGAGGUUCGUAUUUGUAAAGUUGUAUUUGACACAGAAGUUGGAAUCAAAUAUGGCGGACAGCCACUGUGGCAUCAUGUUAAAUGUUUUGCUGAGCAAAGGAAUGAACUGUUAUAUUUUGCGGGUGGUCAGGAUUUGCCUGGAUUUAAAAACCUUAAAAAGGAAGAUCAGGCCAUAGUGAAAGAUGCAAUUAAACCAUUAAAACAAGAUGAAAUCCCAGUUAAAAAACUAAAAGAGGAACCUAAAGAUGAACAGGAAGAGAAGGAAGAAAAAGAAAAAAACAAAAAGCUUGAAAAACAAAACAAACAGUUCCAAUCACAUAGAAAAGGCCUUAGUGAGCUAGCUAAGAAAGAUUUAGACCGGUUGCUGGAGUACAAUGAACAGGAAGUUUUAUCUGGAAAAGAUAAGUGCCUGGAUCAUUUAGCUGACUGUAUGACGUUUGGCGCCCUCAAGCCAUGUCCUGAAUGCGACAAAGGUCAACUGGUAUUGAACACAUUGUCCUACAAAUGCACUGGUGACAUAAGUGAAUGGACGAAAUGUUCGUAUACGACCCAAAAUCCUGAAAGGAAAGCAUUGAAAAUUCCGACCGAGUUCAAGGAAAUGCCAGUGUUUCGGAAAUUUAAGCCCAAGACAGACGUGCGAUUGUUCCACGCAGCACCGAGACCGAAUGUUAUCGUUAAGGACGAACCCACCACCAGUGUAAAAAAAGAAACUGUUAUUCCACCCCUAAAGAAUCUUCAGUUUUUCUUGUAUGGUAAGUUGAAGAAUAAAGAAGAAGUAAAGAAACGAAUAUUGAAGUUGGGCGGAAAUGUAGUCAGCAAAUUAUCCGAGACCAUUGUCGCUGUCGUCUCUACGAAGAAAGAUGUCGAAAGUAAUACUGCUAAAAUGGAAGAUAUACAGAGUAAAGACAUAGGGGUAGUAGAAGCGAGUUUCCUUGACUCAAUAGAUAGUGAAAAGGGAACCAUUGCAGCAUCAUUGCAAAUAAUAAAAGAAAACAAUAUUGCAGACUGGGGAUCUGAUCCAACAAUUCGUGUAUCACAAGACAUUAUUGAUGGAAAAUCAAUACCAAAGUCAGGGAGCAUUUACGUGAAAUCAUCUAAAUCAGCAGUCAAGCUGAAGAUACAAGGCGGCACCGCAGUGGACCCCGCGUCGGAGCUGGACCACGAGACCCACGUGUACACCGACUGGAGCGGCGCCAAGUACACGGUGGUGCUUACACAGACAGACGUGGUCUCGCAGAAGAACUCCUUCUACAAGCUGCAAGUGCUAGAACACGACACUUAUAAAAAAUACUAUUUGUUCCGAUCUUGGGGUCGGAUUGGAACAACCAUCGGCGGAAAUAAAGUAGAAAAAUGCUCGUCGCUGGAGGAUGCUAUGAACAAAUUUCAUGAAAUUUACCUGGAGAAAACUGAGAACCGGUGGGACCGCAGGAAUAAUUUCCAGAAGGUGCCAGGUCGUUACUAUCCAUUAGAAGUAGACUACGGCGACACUCAAGAGGAAUCUAAAGCUCUAGCGUUGGAUUCAAAGAGCAAACUGGCGGAGGCGGUGCAGAAGCUAAUUAUGCAAAUAUUUGACAUUAACAACAUGAAGAAAACCAUGUUGGAGUUCGAGCUCGAUACGGAGAAGAUGCCCUUGGGAAAACUGUCCAAGAACCAAAUAAAAUCGGGGUAUAAAGUGUUAUCUGAAAUACAAAAGCUGAUAGAGAAAGGAAAAGCUAGUCAGUCCAAAAUAAUAGAUGCCACUAACAGGUUCUUCACUUUAAUACCUCACGAUUUCGGCGUGAAUAACCCACCAUUAUUGGACAAUGCGGAGUUAAUCAAAUCUAAAACGGAAAUGUUGGACAAUCUGCUAGAGAUUGAAAUUGCAUAUACAAUGUUGAAUGCAGAUACGGACGAGUCUGUUAGCCCCAUAGAGUCUCACUACAAGAAGUUGAAGGCGGAUAUCGCCCCGUUGGACAAUUCGUCUUCAGAGUUUGAGAUGAUCUGCGAGUAUGUGCAGAACACGCACGCCCGAACACACUCCCACUACUCACUACAUGUGGAACAAGUGUUCAAAGUAGUGCGUGAAGGCGAAGACAAGAGGUACAAGCCGUUCAAGAAGUUGCACAACAGACGGCUGUUGUGGCACGGCUCGCGAGUUACUAACUUUGCUGGUAUAUUGUCACAAGGUCUACGCAUAGCGCCACCAGAGGCGCCUGUUACUGGUUACAUGUUUGGAAAGGGUAUAUAUUUUGCGGACAUGGUGUCCAAGUCGGCAAAUUAUUGUUGCACGUCCAAAAUAAAUCCCGUGGGACUGUUACUGCUGUGUGAAGUCGCCCUUGGAGACAUGAAGGAGUGCACGAAGGCGGAGAACGUGAAGCUGCCGGCCGGUAAGCAUUCUGCGUGGGGCUUGGGCAGCACCAUGCCGGACCCAGCCAGCGACCACGUGCUGUCAGACGGACUCAUCGUGCCCCUCGGGAAGCCCAUCCAGAGGGACAUCACCACUACGCUGUUGUACAACGAAUUUAUCGUGUAUGAUGUGGCUCAAGUCAACGUCAAGUACUUACUCCAGUUGAAGUUCGAUUACAAAGGUUAAGUUUAGGGUGACAUUCCAAUUUUUGUUUUCUAAAAAUUCGUAUGACAGACUAUAUUCUUAUAAUAUCUUAGUUUUAAUAGUUACUAUUUACGAAGGUAAUUAUUUUAUAUUGGAUACCCUUGGAUAUGCCAUAAUCAGUUUAUUUUAUACUACCAUUGUGUCAAAAUAUUAAAAGUAAACAAAUAAAAAUAAGUAUAAUCAUUCCUAUGCUGAAGUAAAAAACCUCU